GAUUGUUUACCCAGUUACUAUGAAGGUCAGUGUCGAAAGAAGAACAUAGUGACCAUCAUGCGUAUUAUGAUAUUGAAAUUUGAUAGUUUUAUAAAAGGAGGUCAUCAUUGCUUUCAUGACAAAGUGAUAGUGGACUGGCAUCUCUAGCAUUGUAUGCUUAUCAGUGAUUUAUGAGUCGUGGCCUACAACCGCGCGACUCCAUUGGGAUCCCCAAGUACAGUAGGCCUAAAGAAAGGAGCUUACCUGUGAUGGAUCGACAAAUAUAAAUAGGCCUACAAUCAUGUACUCAAAACUGUUCGUCGCUGCUGUUGUCAUACUAUGUAGCUUUGAUGUGACCUACGCCCUCAUGUGUUACAGCUGCACUUUUCCUAACUCUAACUGUGGAGAGACGAUUGGGAAUGACACGGGUAUCGAUCGAAUCUCAUGCACAGGAAGUUGUGCGACGACCAAAUCCACAACAACAAUACAGGGCAUUGAAAUUACAGGCUACAAUAGAACUUGCCUAGAGUUUUGUCCAGCAUUAACCUGCAGGAACUUCUCAAGUGGAGACGGAACCAAUGCGAGGGCAUGUAUUCACUGUUGCAACAACACAGAUCUCUGCAACGGCAACAAUGAAUUCGAGUCCCCAACUGACAAACCCACUACAGAUGGGGACAACCGCCUCAUGUGUUACAACUGCACUUAUCCUGAUGACCCCGACUGUGGUGAGACGAUUGGGGAUCCCAUGAAUAUCGAUAAAGUCUCAUGCACAGGAGGAUGCGCAACGAUCAAUAAAACAUCAAGCAGUAACGUGACAAGCUACAAGAGAACGUGCUUUAGAGAGGCGGUCUGUCCGCAAAAUAGAAACUGUAGUGAGGUCGAUGAUGAGAGGUCAUGUGUUGAAUGUUGCAACACAGAUCUCUGCAAUGGCAACUUUGAAUCUGAGCCCACUAACCAAUCCGGACCUGCACCCACUGACCAAUCCCCAACCAAGGACCCAAAUGCUGGAAGUCGUGAUAUUGCUAGUAUUGUUAUCGUUCUACUCACACUUUGGCUCUAUACAACACUGGUUUAGGUAGCCUGAAGGAUCUAGGCCUACAGUUUCAACUUUUGAAUUUAAUUAUUUUGCAAUACUGGUCAUUCUAGCAAAGGCGUUACUUUACUUUAGCAGUAGUAUUACGAACCUUGUAUUCUUACCCAGAUCUGGAUGGAAUUAUCUCUGAUUUCUUCGUUUUUCUCUUGUGUAGUGAGUUUACCACUUAUUCUUAAUUUAAAAUACAUAAUUUAUUCAUACAUUAUAAUACGCUUAUAUAUAAAGAAUAAUAAAAGAAUACUGAAUACUGGAUCGCUCUUGUUUUCUUACUUGUAUAAUUUUGAUAGAUAGGAAUGAUAAAUAGUUUUAUUAUAAAAUUCUAUAUCAUUUUAAAAACAUUUUUACAAUAGGCGUUGGUUGUAAGUAAAUGAUAUUUUCAUGUUUAAAAUAUGUAAUGCAGCCGUAGCUGACACAGACAGGCUGACGACAUAUUUGCAUGUGCCAUUUUAGGGACUUCAUUAUGUCACUAAACAUAGUGUAGUAGUAAUAAUUAUUAUUAUUAAAAUAAUGAAUAUGUUCCUUGCAGACGUAUAUUGCUAUACAGUAGAUACUUGAAAAUGUGUUGCCUCGGAAUUAUAUAAAUUGAAUUGUUUUUAUAUGGCAUUAUGUAAAUCACAUUCAGAUUUUACCUGUGCUUUUGUGAAAUUCUAUGGUGAAAAAGAAAAUUAUAUUGUUCGCACUUCAUAGGCUAUUUGGAUCACAUGGAAUUGGACCCUGGUGGCUUUUUUACUGUAUUAUUGUCUUUUUUCACUUUUUAUCUCACAGAGCAUUAGUGUUGUUUGUGAAUCUGGUGUUGUAUUUUAACGUCUUAUUCUGUAAUUUUAAUGUAUUUUAAAAUUUAUAAUUUUAAAUGAAAUGUACUCAAUAUAUUUUCCAUUUAUAUGGACGGAAUAAAUUGAAUAUUGAAUAUUGAAUUGAA